UGACAUUUGUGUCACUGUCAUUACGGAAAUCACCUUUCAAGUUUUGGCAUUAGACAAUACCAGGCUAUGAAUUAUAGAAUGUAUGAAAUACUGGUAGUUGUAAUAGCUCUGCUUAGCAAUUUUGCAAGCGGAAAUGGAGAAAUUACUGUUGGUAGAGGCUAUAAUAUAGUAUUAGGAAAUCCGGAUGGAGUUAAUCCGUUGUCAGGAGGUUCUGAUCCAGGUAUACUUGAGAAGAAGAUACUGGAAACUGAAGGGGAGCUCGAUUCUCAGGCUGUCAUUUCCGACCUCGCAGAAAGUUGUAAAAUGUCAGAGUCAGUAGAAUGGUAUCAUGACAGAAAGUCAUACCAGACUAAGUUACAACAUUCUAUUGAGACUUCUGGAACUGGUAAUUUUGCUCUUAAAAAGUUUGCCUUCGUAGCAAGCACACACUACCGUUACCUUUCUCAACACACAUUUGCUGAAUAUAAUGCUGUUCAGGAAAUAACGGAGACUUGCAGCUACGGUAAAGAACGCUAUGCUAUGGAUGUUGUUGACUGUAAACAUUUUACUGUAGGAGACUCUUUUGCAGCCGCUGUGUGCGACCUUAGUCCUACUUACAACAAGAAUGAAUACCUUGAUUUUUUAAAAACAUGGGGAACGCAUGUCAUAGUGGAAGCAGAAAUGGGAAUCAAAACUAUCAAACGAUCACAGGUCAAGGACAUAGAUUUAUUUGUAUACCUACUGGAUAAUGUUCCAGAAUCAAUCAUGGAAAAAGACUAUACAAGGGUGGUUAAAUUUGACGUUUUUGCCAGCAGUCCCUAUUAUAAAAGCAGUCUUGGUAAUGAAACUGUCACACUUAUUGUUGGCUCUAAGGACAAACCAGAACCUAUAGGAUUACGGAUGAUGAGUAUCGAUACCAUAUUUCAGAAGAAAUUUUGGAGCAACAUGAAUAACUUGAUCCUACGGAAUAUCUGCAGUGAUAAUACCAGCAUCGAUGAUGUAUUGUCAAAAAGACCACUUAUAAUUCAAGCGCAAAACGAUUUGCUGUAUGGCAUGAUAACUCCGUUAAAAAGUAAUUUAGCAGUAAACUCAGAAUGGCCGAGAGGAACGUAUGCAUUAGUAGAGGUUAACGAAGACAAUUCCCUCAUCUGUCCUAGAGGAGUCAACAGAAAGGGAUAUGUGACAUGGGCCACUGAAAAAAGUAACUCAAAAAACGAGUUUUCAGAUCUGAAUCAUUUUUCAGGUGAUGAAAGCAUUUUGAGGCUCAAAUUCUGUGGAAGGUACGAUGUUACACCUACAAGGUAUGAGCUAGAGUGGCCACAUGGUAACUAUUGUCUAUUCAAACAAGGAGAGUGUCCAUCAGGGUUUAGUGAAGGUUCCGUGGUUUGGGACUCAGUCUCCAGUCGUAACUCAUACACCGGUUCCUACCAUCCUGAUGGUAUAUUCUCUCCAGAUGUAGUCAUGUACUUCUGUUGCAGAAAUGACAGUGACGUAAACCAGGCAAUUUUCCUUCCAAAAGACCGACCGUUUUAUUUACUCCGUAACGAAGGCUCUACGGAAUGCCAAAAAGUUUCCGGUAUGACUUCACAAAAAGAGUACAUAACAUGGGAUACUGAUGAUUAUGUGAACUUGUAUUCAAGUAGUUUCCAGUAUUUAAAAGGUGCACACCCUAAAGUAGAUCUGAGCGAUAAAAUGGAUAUUACUAUGCACUUUUGUUAUUAUUCUGUGUAACCAUUGCAGCUAAGGCAUGUUGAAAAUGUAGUUUUUUCGACAAAUUAAACUUGUCUGUAGUUUCUAUGUUGUGGGCAUGCUUAAAUAUUUGAGAGUUCAUUUCACAAAAUAGCAGAUAAAAGAUUUAUGUCUUAAAUCUGACAACCAUUUGAAAUAAAUUCCUUUGAUUGUUAAUAUCAAUACAGGAAUGAUGGCAUUAAAAUAUACAAUACAAUUAAUAAACCAUUUGAGGAGUAUUGCUUGAAAAUAAAAUAAAUGA